AUGCGGCCCUCGGCCCUGCAACUAGCGCUGUUUUCCGCCAUGCCCUUGCUUUCAACGGCCCAGACCGGUGGGCAAUGUGUUCCCCUUCAAGGCACCAAGCUUUGCCCUGCCUUUGAUGGUGCCUCCGUAUCUACGGGCAAAUCUAUGCUCAGCACAUACCCGUUUAUACAAUACGUCUCCGAUGUUGCUUCCUUUGACAAACAAUUAGAUAGCUUCAUCAAGACAGAUUACGUUCAAUCUCGAUUUGAGGGGCGAUUUGGGUGUGGUGGCGUCGACCUGCGCAACUCUAGCAACAUGUACGCUCGCUGGACUACGACUGUUAUCUGCAGCUCCAUGGUUCAAAUGUCCGUCGAACCUUGUGGACUAGCUGCGAGUGUCUCGAGACCAUUGUGCGCUGAUUCCUGCGCCGAGUUUGCACAGAGCGAGGCCUACAUCACCUCUAAUAGCAAUCUCUGCCGCAACCCGAGAGGGGAUGUUGCUGAUCUGAUCCGAGCUGACUACACAGUCUGUGGUCUGCCCGUCAAAGCCCUUGCUGGCGACUGCACUCCAGCUUCCAAGAACGAGGUCGAAAACUGCGGAUUCGGAUCCAGCACAAUUGGGCUCUGCGGAUACUGCGGUGCUGGAGGCACAAACUCUACCGACACCUGUUGCUACAACUCAAAGGCCGAAUCUCGUUGCGAAGGUGUGAAACUUCCAUCCAUCACAGCUACCGUCCCCCUCACGACUUCGACUCCCACAUCCACCGGUUCCAGUCCGACUUCGACUUCCCCCAGUGGCGAAAACGGCGCUCCCCAAAGUAACCGCCUUAGCGGAGGAGCAAUUGCAGGCAUCGUCAUUGGCUCUCUUGCUGGUGUCGCUUUAUUGGCGCUGGUUCUGUUCUUCUGCCUCCGCCUGGUCCGACGACGCAGAGCUAAUAGCAGUCAAGCGGGGAGCAUCUUCAACCAACCCUCGCCGGCCAGGAAAAUUACACCAGCCAUGGCCCAGCAACCCCAAAGUGCUCCACAAGGCUACGAGGUUCUUCCUGGAGGACGCAUCGCGCGGAUGUCUGCCCUGGAAGGACACUCUGGUGGCUCUCCGUCCCAGCAUAAUAAGAGCCUUUCGACAACUGGAGGUGGCAAUCGGCCGGAUAGCAGAAAGGUCACAGACCAGUCCUCAUCAGACGAAUACGUCGACAGCCCCGAGUUCGAACAUCGCGACGCUGGAUUGCGACCACCGCCCAUGACUGCUAGAAGACAUGGAUCGCUAUCAAGCGGCUCUGCUCUCGGAAGUGACGGCCAGAUGUCACCUCUUAGUGCGGGGUACUCUUCGCCGCAAGGCUUUGGCAGCCAGCAGUCCGAACAACUGCCAUUUUUCAAGGACUAUUACUCGCAAGACGAUAUUCAUCCUGGCGACAAGGUUGCUGUUCUGUGGGCUUACUCCCCUCGCGCCGGCGACGAAUUCGCUCUGGAGAGGGGCGAUAUGAUCAAGGUCGUGGGCAUCUGGGACGAUGGCUGGGCCACCGGCCACAUGCAAGAGCAGCGCGCAGAGGAAUGGGAAGCUGCGCGAGCUGCACAGAGAGACAGCGGCGUCUCCAACUCUUCAGUGCGUGAGGAUAGUCAGAGCCCGCCUGUACCGGCGGCCCCGGAGUUGAAGGCCUUCCCUCUGGUCUGCGUCUGCCUGCCACAGCAUUGGCGCAAGACGAUUGACGGAGACGGGUCUACGGACGCUGGCUCUGUUGGAUCUCCUGCUGGCCAGGCGAGGUAA